CUUCUAAAUGUCUUUGCUGAAUCGCGCCUUUUCUCAGUUUAGUUCAACAACUGUUAAAAAUACUCAAUGGAGUAUUAAUGCCAGACCUGCUGUCACAACCUUUUUAAAAAACACAACAGAAACUAGCCAAGUUCGUUGGGCCACAAAGAAGUCGGGUGGUUCUUCUCGUAACGGUAGAGAUUCUGCUGGUAGAAGAUUAGGCGUUAAGAAAUUCGGUGGCCAAGAAGUCAUUCCCGGUAACAUUAUUGUACGCCAAAGAGGAACCAAAUUCCACGCUGGUGACAACGUUGGUAUGGGUAAGGAUCAUACGCUCUAUGCACUCGAACCUGGAUACAUUCGUUUUUAUAAGGAUGUGCAGCAACCCAAGCGUAGAUUAGUCGGCAUUGUCAACGAACGUGAAGCAACACUCCCUAUUCCAUUCGACCAACCCAAGCCUAGAAGAUUUGAUUUAAUCGAUUUGAAUGCUUUGUAAUCUGAACGACCGAGAAAAAGAAGAUAAAACACUUAGGAUAAAACAAUAAAAAGUAGAUGUAUAUAACAUAAGCAUUGCAAUAUCGCAAAAUGUUGUUUUAUUUAUGAGAAA